AAGAGGGGGAGGGGAAAAGCAGAAGAGCAGUGCAAGAGAACGGAGCUCCAAAUUCGGAGUUCUGAAAACAAGAACAAGGCAGGAGUGCAUAAAGAAGAGGGUCUAACAGGGACCUUUCACCACAUAUUUCAUCAUGGAAGGAUUUAAUUUACCUGAGAAGAUGAGUCGUCCAGAGUUGUUUGAUUUUGAAGGCAUCUCUAUGGUCCCUUACUUCACUGACAACUGGGAGAACGUUCAGAAAUUCCAGGCAAGACCAGAUGACAUCCUCAUUGCCACCUAUCCCAAAGCAGGGACCACCUGGGUAUCCUACAUUUUGGACCUGCUCUACUUUGGCAAUAUGGAACCAGAGCGCCAAACCUCUGUGCCCAUAUAUUUGCGAGUACCCUUCCUUGAGAUGACCAUCCCUGAGCUGCCAACGGGGGUGGAGCUGGCAGACAAGUUGCCCACCACUCCACGCCUCAUCAAAACCCAUCUUCCUGUUCAGCUGGUGCCCAAAUCCUUCUGGGAACAGAACUGCAGGGUUGUAUAUGUAGCUCGAAAUGCUAAAGACAACGUUGUGUCUUAUUAUCACUUUGAGCGGAUGAACAUCAUACAGCCGGAGCCAGGAGACUGGAACACAUACCUACAAACAUUCAUGAGCGGAAAGAAUGUGUUUGGUCCUUGGUACGAUCAUGUGUGUGGAUUCUGGGAGAAGAAGCAGACGUACUCAAACAUUCACUACAUGUUGUUUGAGGAUAUGGUGGAGGACACUGGGCGCGAGGUGGAGCGUUUGUGCUCCUUUCUUGGUUUGUCUACAUCAGCUGAGGAGAGGGAGAGAAUCACACAAGGUGCUCACUUCGAUGCCAUGAAGCAGAAUAAGAUGACCAACUACUCUACACUCCCAAUCAUGGACUUAAAGAUCUCACCCUUCAUGCGCAAAGGAAAAGUUGGAGACUGGAAGAACCACUUCACUGUGGCUCAGAACGAGCAGUUUGAUGAACACUACAAACGGAGGAUGAAGAACACCACCCUCCGCCUCAGAACAGAGAUUUAAAGCAUCAUGAAUCCUGCGCAAAUCAUAUAUAUUGUAAAAUUUAGUGUUGACCCAUUUUAUUAAAGCGAACUUUAAUGUA